GGUUACAGUAUACUGCGUAUGCGCGCGUGUGUGCUCGUGUUCUUGAAUGUCGGAUGGUGGCUGGAGGAGGAAAAGCGUGUUUACACAGACGGGCCGAGCGCCUGGGGAAUAGCGCACGGCGAGAGGAAGUGAGCCGGCUAGCUGUCUGCCUGCACCAACUUCCUGCUCAGAGAGAGAGAGAGAGAGAGAGAGAGAGAGAGAGAAAGAGAGAGAGAAAACAGUCGGGAUCCCAUUACAGUCCGACUGAGAGCUGCCGAGACGGCCGACAGCAUGGAAAAACAGCGCAUUAUACGGAAUUCUUUUUAAUAAAGUGAAAAAGGACCCCAAAAAGCCUGACCAUUACGCACAGAUAUGGAGAGUGCUAUCACGCUGUGGCAGUUUCUGCUGCAGCUACUGCUGGACCAGAGCCAUAAGCACCUGAUUUGCUGGACGUCCAACGACGGCGAGUUCAAGCUGCUUAAAUCGGAAGAAGUCGCCAAACUCUGGGGCCUGCGCAAGAACAAGACCAACAUGAACUACGACAAACUCAGCCGAGCACUACGCUACUACUAUGACAAGAACAUCAUAAAGAAGGUGAUUGGCCAGAAGUUUGUAUACAAGUUCGUCUCGUUCCCUGAUAUUCUGAAGAUGGAUCCCCAAGCGGUGGAGCUCGGCCGGGACGGUGGUCAUGUCACAGGUGGCGUCAUGUUGCAGGAUGUGGAGUCAGAUUGCGGCGAGGGGGAGGAGUCUCCAAAGCUGUCGCUAUCAUCGCUGAGAAGCCCCGCCUGCAGAAACGAGUAUCUCCACUCUGGUCUGUACUCAUCUUUCACAGUCAGUUCCCUCCAAAGCCCGCCUCCACUGCUGCGUCCAAUCAAAGUUGAGAAGCAGCGAGGGGGUGAACGAGGGGAGGAGGGACAAACGGUGAUUCGCUUCGUCACUAAUCGAUCAGAGAAGGUCGUUCCCCUGGCUUCCUCGCCACCACCUGCAUCUGCGGAGAUCUUCUUCGCUUCAAAAACCUCCCCUUGCUCAUCCCGUAGCCCCUCCCCUUCUCAAAGCCCUGUCUACACGCUGCGGCCAGAGCGCAGCCCAGAGGCUCGCAUAGACGAAUCAGAGCAGAGCGCUCAGCCUCUAAAUUUAUCAUCGGGGCACAGGGAGCGAGCCCAGAAUCAGGCCACGCCCCCCGAGAGGAGAACCGGUAGCAACGGACUGCCUCCCAAAGCUCGGAAACCCAAAGGGCUGGAAAUCUCCGCCCCUUCCAUACUGCUUUCAGGAAGUGACUUGGGCUCCAUCGCCCUCAACAGCCCAGCACUGCCCUCAGGGUCACUUACACCAGCCUUUUUCACUGCACAGACUCCCUCUGGUUUGCUGUUGACGCCCAGUCCUCUCCUGUCCUCCAUUCAUUUCUGGAGCAGCCUGAGUCCCGUAGCCCCUCUCAGCCCCGCCAGGCUACAAGGCCACGGGUCACUCUUUCAGUUCCCCACCCUGCUGAACGGGCCGCUCCCAGUACCCCUCCCCAACCUGGACUCCUCUUCAUCAUCCUCCUCCUCUCUCCUCCUGUCCUCCAGCGCCCAGAAAUCCUGAUUUCUGGACACUCCACAUAUCCCCUCCCCGAAUUACACCUUUGCUCUUACACUAAGAAGGAAUUAUGGACCUUCAUAUGUCAUUUUUUGAGCCAGACUGCACUUCACCCCCUUGUGGCCACCCACACCUACAGCACCCUUCAGCUGAAAAGUUUUUGGACCAGCAAACUGUGUGUUUUCUUCUUUAACUCAGGCUGCAAUCCAAACAGCUCACCAAAAAAUUCCUCCGCAAGCUCUUAAAAUAGGGAAUCAUGAUGAGGUAAUGCCAAAGAACAUGAAGUGUCCUUUUGAGAAGACGGUGAGUCAUUGGAAAUGGAGCCUUAGAGAAUCUGCAUCCUGGAGAACGUGUUCAAGACUGCAUCUUUUUCAGAGACAAACGUAAAACACGUUCAAAACAGCAUUCAUGACGUAAGCGUUCCCUACUGUUCUCCAUUCCUAAGGUGCUUCAACUGGAAAGAUCUGCCGUUUUGUCAACCAGUUCAAUGUUUAAACCAUAUUAAAGGAAUCUCAUUAGCAAUUUAAGUCUCUUUUUUAAUUUUUCCGAGGCUGUGAACCGGGUUUCUGUUCGUUUGUUGUUUGUCUGGUAUUGUAUUGUAUAAUAUUGCGUUGUAUGCACUGUGCUUCAAAUGUACUACCGGCUGUGCCUUUUUUGUGUAAGAAUUGUGUAUUUGUAUUAUUUUCUUGCUUAAAUACAUUUUUGUAAUAGACGAAAUUCCAUUUCAAUAUUGGAAAGAAAGCUUUGUAAUAGCUUCCGUUUUUUUUUUUCAUUAAUUAAUUGAUAAAAAAAAAUGUAUUCUCGUAUUAAUUUUAUAUUUUUUGCUUUCCAAGAGUCAAGAAAAUGUGCCUUGUGUUUUUAAAAUAAAAACAAGCAUUGAAUGCGACUAAACGUCGACGCGUCUUACUUCUAAAUGGCAAAUAAGCCCCAUCUUCUAAAUGAAAGAGCCAAUCAUUGAUUAGUAAAGUCACCGUGUCAUAGGUGUUUUCAAAUAUGAAAUUUUUAUUUGCAAGCUUAGUGAACAGUUUUGGAGAAUGUAAUGUUUCUCCAUUCAAAGAGAUAGGAGCAGUGUUGCCAAGUCUGCGGUCUUCCCGCAAACGCAGAUUUUAAUGGGGAUCCCCCUCGAAACAAUUGGGCAGGUUUUGUUGUGAAAACCUGGCAACCCUGGAAAGGAGCUGCUUUCCAAGAGUCAAGAAAAUGUGCCUUGUGUUUUUCAAAUAAAAACAAGCAUUUAAUGCAACGUAACGUCAUUGCGUCUUGCAUUCGGGAUGAAACAUAGGAAGACUAUGCACCAGGGUUGGCAGGUUUUCACAACAAUAUCCACCCAAUUGCUACUUAAAACUAGCUCAGUUGUGUUUCAAGGGGUAUCCGUGUUAAAAACUUGCAUUCGGGGGGAUAAAAUAAAUGUUUUUUUUUUUUGUGUGGGUUCCCACAGAAAACGUACACUUUAGAGGCUAAAAGCAGAGCUUGGCCGCUUGGUGGCGCUAUAAGAGGGGGAAAAAAAACAUGGCUGCCAUUGACCGACAAACUUUGAGCACCUGUUAGACAAGGUUAUCAGAGGCCGAUCGGAAAGAAACUCGGUGGGCCUAAACGACUCAUGGCCCUCAAAAGUCUGAGAGAAAUUUGAAAGAAAUCGGCCACUGGGGUGCAAUAUUUGCCUCUAGAAUCACUGCUGUCAAUCAAAUCGUUUGUUAUAUGAUUGAGAUGAUGUAAAAAAAAACCUACUAUGCAACGAGUCCUAGGGUUUUCGCCGGAUCAGAAGCAAACCGGUGCAGAAAGAUUCUCUGGAGAUUGAAUAUCAAUACUUAUCAAAAAAAAAAAAAAAAAAAGUCAAAAGGGCCACUCUUAGUAAAAUGUACAACGAAACUUGGCAGGCCUGUUCGACUCACGGCCCCUAAGAAACCAGCCACUGGGGGGCGAUAUCGCAUUUUCCAAAGGUGUAAACAAUUGUACGUCAUGUGGUUUAUCACACGAUAUCAUACGAUAGACCUCCUCUUUCCAAAUAACUAUGCCUAUGGAACUUUGCCUAGGUUUUCCGCUCAAUCUGGAAAAAACGUCGCAGUACAAUUCUUCUGGACUCUCUAGGCCAAUAAAAAAAAAAAAAAAAUGUUGAAAUUUACCUUUUGGGAAGCUAUAACAGGGUCGUUUAGAAAAGGGGCCUGUCCAAAUUCACCCCAAGUCCUAUAAAGCCGAAAGGAAAACUCAAAACUUAAUGAAACCGGCUGAGUACAUGCGACUGGUGAUUCUAAACCAAAUUUUAAGGGGAUCGGACCACAUCUGUGACAACAGUCAUAAAUGCUAAAAAAAAAUAAAUAAAAAAAAUUUCUAUUUUACUCAAAAUUACCUGGAU